CGUUCAUGCUUUCGAUAAUCCUUCUCGUGCUUACCGUUCAUGCUUUCGAUAAUCCUUCUCGAUUUACAGUAACAGGUGCGAGACUAACGCGCUUGCAGUUCUGGUAAAGGAGCUGUGUAGUGUCACAACCAUGGAGUUUAACUUCAUCGGUGACGACUACGGACCACUAUUUCACUAUCAGUAUAGAGUUAUUAUAAUUGGAGAUUCCACAGUUGGGAAGUCAAGCUUGCUGAAAUACUUCACUGAAGGGAAAAUGGCAGAAAUCAGUGAUCCCACUGUUGGUGUUGAUUUCUACGCACGCAUGAUUGAGCUUAGACCAAACUUCAGAGUGAAGCUCCAGCUGUGGGAUACUGCUGGACAGGAGAAGUUCAGGUCAAUCACCCGAUCAUAUUAUCGCAAUUCCGUUGGAGUGAUGUUAGUUUACGAUAUCUCAAAUCGAACUAGUUUCGAAAAUGUCAACGGUUGGCUCCAUGAGGCAGAAGCCAACAUGGGAGGCCCAAAUCCUGGAAAGUGUGUCUUCCAAUUAAUUGGACACAAGUCGGACAACCAAGCGGAGAGGAAAGUGGAUUAUGAGGAAGGAGAGUAUUUUGCCAAAUAUCACAAAAUGAAGUUCAUCGAAACCUCGGCAAUCACAGGGAAAAAUGUUUUCGAUUCUUUUUUGAUGAUUGCACAAGAGAUAAACCGACGUGUGGAAGAAGGACUCCUCCGUCCCACAGAUGGUUGGGAAGGUGUAAAAGGUGGCUUAAUGCGAAGUCAGUCCAUAAGCCUUUCGGAGAGAGACAUGGCUCCAAAAGAUCAAUCCUGCUCUUGCUAACUAGAGCUCAAUGCUUUGGCUACGGUGCUUCUGCUCAGGUGAUUCCUGUGAUUCCACGACUUCCGAGGCGCCGCACUAUGAUGCGCUUUGCCAGUUUGUCAUUUGAUGUCGCGUAAGGCGAAACUUUAUUUGCGACAUACAUUACUUAUUCUAUCCAUUCUUUUUCAUUCUCAAGCUACACAUACGCCAAUCUGAAGUGCCAACAAACGUCUAAACGUAGAACGGUCAAGUCACCCAUGCUACCCACGAUUGUUAGUCGCCACUUUCAUUUAUCCCAAGAUUAGGAAACUCAAGACCGCUUUGUACACUUUGUUUGAACAUAUGGGAUUUGUUCUUCUUUAUUUCAAGUAAUGAAUUUUCCAAGGAAAGACAUAGAUCACAGUCAUAAGGUUAUUAAUCAUAUCUGUGCAAAGCGUACUUGUGUCUCCUGGUUUCGAAGUGAUGUGUAUGAAAUCAAAUGAUUUACUGACUUCUAUAUGGAUUGUUUCCGUUUUCUCAGUUCAACCGACCCGCUGGAAUAGGUCUAAUCUUCACUGUGAAGAUUUAACGGGAGAUGAUGUAAAGGAUUUCAUCACUAAUAUACAUAGGAAGCGAAGGAAAAACAUUCUUUACUACGAAAUUUACAAUCCAUGUAAUGUCGCUACGCGACACCAAAUAACAAAGCGACCGUUAAUGCGGAGCAUUGGAAGUCGAGGAAUCACGGGAAUCGCAGGAAUCACAGGAAUAGUAUGGCCGAUCCCAUACAGUAAUUGAGAUUAGAUAUUAUUUCCUGUUCCGACAUUUUUUGAAAUGAAAUACUAGCUUCGCUAGACUUUAGAGCGGGUUCCGGCGUGUUUUACAUGCUUUCUUUGUUACGGCCUAUAUCUUAUCUGCACAUAGUUUUGCAACACUUACCUAUGUUCUUAUACUCACUUUGUAUUCAAAUUGUCUCGCG